AUGGGCAUUGACAGCCAGAAUGCCGGCCACUGCGUAGGGCAACCAGCCUGGGCGACCAUCGUUGGGCUGAUAGAGGUCAAGCACAAGCAUCGGCACUGCGCUUUCGAUUACAAGGAUCCAGACUCGCGUUUCGUCCGCGAUCAUGCCGAUAAUGGUCAGAAAGCGUUUGACCAAUUCAUUGAGGACGCCGCCACCAUUUUUGCACACCAGCACCGCACCCACAUCUACGCGCUCUAUGUCUACCGCGAUCAAGCCCGUAUCUGCUUCUUCGAUCGCUCUGGCGGUGUUGUAUCCACACCCUUCCACUACGGGACGAAGGCCGAUACCACGUUCCAGCGCUUCUUCUAUCGACUCGCAGGCAUGUCCCGCGAACAGCUAGGCUUCGAUCCCACUGCUGUCCUUGCCGACGAAAGCGUGGUGGACGAUCUGAGGGCUUGGGCGGCCGCCGUGCCUACGGAGUAUCUCCGGAAGCUGGUCUGCGAAGCGCUCUGUUGGGAUCCGACCACGAACUCGUCGUCAUCUGCCGAAUGGCCGACGUACGAGGUUACGUUCAAGGGUAAGAUGCUCUAUGUUGGAAGGGCUGCCUUCACGAGUCGCUCUCCAUGUGGACGCUGCACUCGGGGCUACGUCGCCAUCGAAAGGGAGACUGAUGAAGACGGGAGCACGAUCUAUUCCGUCCGGUAUCUGAAAGAUUCCUGGCGCCGCGUCCUUUCAAAAUGCCGUCCGGAGUACGAGGUGUAUGCACGGCUGGCGGCUCAGGGAGUCAUGGAGUACAUUCUUACGUGUCUAGGAGGAGAAGACGUCUUGGGCCAGGCGGGCGUAUGGCAGCAGACCAGGGCGGGCGUAUAUGUGCCGUCGGAACCAUCUCUGCGAGGCCAUUAUCGUAUCCUCCUGAAGGAAGUAUGCCGGCCCCUUUCAGAUUUUCAAGACUACCGGGACCUCGCGUUGAUACUUGGUGACGCAUUGUCUGCGCACCGCGAUGCUUGGGUGAAGGCCGGGGUCCUUCACCGGGACGUGAGCUAUAACAACAUUCUCAUCUACGAGACACACAACGACGAGGGACAAGCCACGCUCAAGGGUCUUCUAACCGACUGGGACCUAGCCAAAUACAAGGAGGACAUGGAUUCUGGCUCUGGUCCGCAGAAGCCAGACGGCGUGGGUACCUGGUACUUUCGCUCUGCGGUGUCCAAGAGGUGGCCGACCAAACCUUAUACAGUGUCAGACGACAUCGAGUCGUUUGUGCAUGUCUAUCACUACUGUGUUCUCCGCUUCCACGCGACGCAAUACUCAGGUGUACUCGUCGAAUGCGUCAACAUGACAUACGGACAAGUGGAGAAACGUGUCGAGGACGGCGCGUAUGUCGGCGGAUUCAUGAAGUUUUCACAGAUGUGUAAUCCCCACUCCAUGAUCACGCCGAGCAACAACAAAAUGCUACAGGCUCUGCUUCAAGAGCUCGCCAAGAUCACCGCGGCUCAUUAUGCUACCAUUGAUGUAGAGGAGUACGACCGACGCUAUAACCCUGCUCCUCAGAUCUUGACAGCACCCCAGCAGGACCGUGCGCCCGCUGUACCACCUACCUCGUACGAUCCCGCGGGCGGCGACUUGGAGAUGGACGGCGAUGUGCCGGAGGCCCUGAUUGAUUUCGAGCCUCUCGUCCCUCCUCGUCUGACCCUGCAUGACUACAUGGAGCUCCUUCGGUUUUUUCGCAAAUGGGGGACUAUUCAGUGGCGACGCAGCGACUGCAUUAGGAGCUCUCAAGACCUCUUCAAAAAGGUCGGCCUGGCCCCUAGCAAGGACAACGCCUUCGAGUCGUCACAGAGCGAGUCGUCGCAGCUUGAAUAA